UGCUCAGUAAAAUUAUUGUAAGUCAAUAAUUUACAACUUGCAUGCACUCUCUUUUUCCACAAAGAAUAAAACACUAGUCUGCAUAAAUUAAAUUGAAUGCACGGAUUUUCCAAAGAUCGGAGCCAUGAUUCAAACUUUCAGGUCUUCAAGCCAAUAUUGGAGUCUCCAACAUCUUCGACCAGAAAAAGGCUUUCAAGCAUGGCCAGAAUCAGCCACAAAACAUACCAAAAUAUUGUAUCAGAAUAAAGAAAACAUAUAUACCAGGCUUUGUAGCCACAUCAAUAUUUUGGAUUCAACAGAUAUUUUUAGAAGCAGUUGUAACCAGCAAAGAACAUACCGGGAUCAACUUGUACAAACGUUCCGGACAACAUCAAAUGGUGAGUUUGUCAUAGAACCAAAUGAUGAUAAGAAAGUCACGCCACAGAGUAACUUAUGGGCAAAAUGGGAUGCAUUUUAUAGGUUUUGUCAAUUAUACACUGCUACUGGUGUGGUUAUUGCAGUAGUUUCGGUUGCUCUUCUGCCUAUGAAUUCAGUAGGAGAAUUUUCUCCUGCAUUUUUUGUAGGAUUACUGCAGGCAUUGAUAUCAUUUACUUUCGCGAACACCUAUAUCAAUGGAAUUAAUCAAUUAGCUGAUGUCGAAAUAGACAAAAUAAACAAGCCCUAUUUUCCACUUGCUUCUGGAGAAUUAUCCAUGAGGCAAGGCAAAGCAAUUACCUCAGCAUUUGGCCUUAUGUGCUUGGCAAUGGGGAUUAUGUGCAAGUCUCCACCACUGUUCAUUGGGAUUCUGGUGCUCUUUUUACUUGGAACAGCAUACUCUGUGGAGCUACCAUAUCUGAGAUGGAAAACGAACCCCUACCUUGCUGCCAUAUGUAUAGUCAGUGCACAGGGAUUCACCACUCCGCCUACCGUCUUUUGUCACAUACAGCAUGUGCUUGGAAAACCGGUAGCAUUCACCAAGUCAUUCCGCUUUGCUACAAUUUUCUUCAGCUUGUUUGCCCUUGUUCUUGCUUUGUUUAAGGACAUACCUGAUGUAGAAGGAGACCGCGCGUUUGGCAACCAAACAUUCAGUGUGAGGCACGGGAAAAAGAAAGUCUUUUCUCUGUGUGUAAGCAUUCUGGUUAUUGCCUAUGGGUAUGCAUUGGUGAUUGGAGCUUCAUCUUCAGUCCUAAUAUGCAAGAUUGUGUCUGUGAUAGGCCACCUUACACUUGCCGCCUUGCUUCUCUUUCGAGCAAAAUCUGUUAAUCUUGACGACAAUGAAUCUACACAAUCCUUUUACAAGUUAUUAUGGAAGAUGCUUUGUGCAGAGUAUAUUCUUAUUCAUCUCAUAAGAUGAGAAGAUUCAACUUCUCCAUCAGAAAAUGAUCCAGGAUGUGGUAUGAAGAACCUGCCAAUGGUGUGCAUGCAUAUAAGUAGACCCUAUAUAUAUGUUACUCAUAAAAGAUAAUUAUAUAUUUCCAGGACCCUAUUAGAUGUGGCUUUAAACCCUUGAAGGGAGAGAUGAGCUUAAGAUGUCAUUACAGAUACUCAAAAUUAACUCAAGUUAAUUUUCAAGUUGUUUUUCUUGCC